AGCGACCGGCAAGCUGCCCGCCCGACUUCCCAGCUGCCCCGUGCGGCCCGGGCAUGCCCAGUGUGGGCGCAGCCCCGGCUCUCCGAGCGCCGGGGCGGAGCGGGCAGCCGGGCGCGGAGCAGGCGAACCGAGCCUCGGUGGGCGAGCGCCCGGGCUGGAGCCGAGGCGAUGAACAAGUUGUUGCUUAAGAGGGUGCAUCUGUGAUACUACUAGUGUCCUGCCUGCACAUCAUUGGACAGUAGUAAAUGUCUCCAGGCCCUCCAUGAUGAGUGAUUUGGGGGCACUUCCCUCUCUCUGUAAUUGAUAGUCUGGGCAGUGAAGAGAUGGCUGACAGUGUCAAAACCUUCCUGCAGGACCUCGGCAGGGGAAUCAAAGACUCCAUCUGGGGCAUCUGUACCAUCUCAAAGCUAGAUGCUCGGAUCCAGCAGAAGAGAGAGGAGCAGCGUCGAAGAAGAGCAAGUAGCCUCUUGGCCCAGAGGAGACCCCAGAGUGUAGAACGGAAGCGAGAGAGUGAGCCACGCAUUGUUAGUAGAAUUUUCCAGUGUUGUGCUUGGAACGGUGGAGUAUUCUGGUUCAGUCUCCUCUUGUUUUAUCGAGUGUUUAUUCCUGUGCUUCAAUCAGUAACAGCCCGGAUUAUUGGUGAUCCAUCACUACAUGGAGAUGUUUGGUCAUGGCUGGAAUUUUUCCUCACAUCAAUUUUCAGUGCUCUAUGGGUGCUCCCCCUGUUUGUGCUUAGCAAAGUUGUGAAUGCCAUUUGGUUCCAAGAUAUAGCUGACUUGGCAUUUGAAGUAUCAGGGAGGAAACCUCAUCCAUUCCCCAGUGUCAGCAAGAUAAUUGCUGACAUGCUCUUCAACCUUUUGCUACAGGCACUUUUCCUUAUUCAGGGGAUGUUUGUGAGUCUCUUCCCCAUCCAUCUUGUGGGUCAGCUGGUCAGUCUGCUGCACAUGUCUCUUCUCUACUCGCUGUACUGCUUCGAGUAUCGCUGGUUCAACAAAGGAAUUGAAAUGCACCAGCGACUGUCAAACAUAGAAAGGAAUUGGCCUUACUACUUUGGGUUUGGCUUACCCUUGGCUUUCCUCACAGCAAUGCAAUCCUCCUACAUUAUCAGUGGCUGCCUCUUUUCUAUCCUGUUUCCUUUAUUCAUCAUUAGCGCCAAUGAAGCAAAGACUCCUGGAAAAGCAUAUCUUUUCCAGUUGCGCCUCUUCUCCUUGGUGGUCUUUUUAAGCAACAGACUUUUCCACAAGACCGUCUACCUGCAGUCAGCUCUGAGCAGCUCAUCCUCUGCAGAGAAAUUCCCUUCACCACAUCCUUCUCCUGCCAAACUGAAAGCUGUCGCAGGCCACUGAGUCCUGCUGUCAAAGGGGCGGGUGGGACUGGGGAGGAUGUGGCAGCUCUUUUCUGUUUUCCUCCCCCUCCCAUGGAAGGCAGGACCCACUGCCAAGGGCCUUCUGCAUAUUCCCUUGUCUUUGAAUUGGAAUCUUCCUGACUCCAGUAUGUGGAUUUCCACCACCACCCUAGGUCUGGAACAACCAGAGUUUUGUAGCUGUUUUUUCCUUUUCUGUUUUUUUUUUUUUUUUUUUUUUUUUU